AAUCAACCUUACAGUAAAUCAUUUCCAAGCACACGCUACCAUUUAGUUGUUAAAUUGUAAGGUAAAGUAGUUCACUAAUUUAGCUCAAAUGUUACAGCCGAGAUGGUACUUUGUGUCUCAAUAACCUUUGCUGUAAUAUCUAUCAUCAUACACAUCCGGAAAGAGUGCCAUGCUCAGCCAUGGAUGCCGAUGCCGCCAUUCUUCCGCCCAGCCUACCAGCAAGACGAUACCGACGAGCUGGACAAUUUCUACCAACCAGCUAUGUAUAAAACCAACACCGUCCCGUCAACCGGUAGCUAUGAUGGCGAAGAUGAAGCACCGGGUCUGGAUAUACAAAUUGACGCCAGUGCAGCCAGCACGGUCGUACCACAUUAUGCGAAAAUGCGCUCGAGAUACAUCCCCAGUAUUGCCGGCGGGGCUAUACUGACCGAUUCUAUUCCAGAAAGUGCGAAAAGCACUAAGAAGAAUUUUGCUUGGUCCAGUGAUCAUGAUUUAAUCGCGGAUGGAUCAACAUACAGACAGCGACAACCACCGGCACACGAAUAUCCGCUUCCUUUUCUCAGCAACGACCUGCAGUAUGGGAAAAGCCGUGCGCCGGACAGUGAAAUCGCCGAUCGGGUUAUGUCUAUCAACAAGCGGCGUCGUAUCAGCACGGGCCGCGAAGGUCAUCCUGGUUUUGUUUCGACCCACGAAUUUAACCCAGAACAGCAGUCAAGUAUACGCGAUUAUGUCGUCAAUAUGGGACAGCGGUUAAACGGUGGAUGGAGAGCUUAUCCCACCAAUAAAAUGUAUUACUCCCCGAUGAACGAUAACAAUAAUAACAAUAAUAAUAUGAAUAAUUUUAACGACGCUCCGAAUGACCAAGUCAUGGUCCCCAGCCAGCCGCCACGUUUCGCAAUGUCCAACAUGUUUGAUCCGGUCGGCACGCCGUACGAUGGAACCGGUUUUAUGCGGGAAAACAGUCAAAUGCAGCCGUGGUCACCACCACCACCGCGUCGCAUGGACUAUGAAGAACAGUUUUAUGCUCCUCCACAGCCACCACCACCUAAUAAUUUUCCGAAUGAAAUGGAUGGCCCGCCAUUUGAUCCAUCCAACCAGUUUCCAUUCCAACCGCCGAUGCAGCGGCCGCGCUUUCCACCCCGACACGGUGGCGGUUUCGCGCGACGACCUGGACAACCGUUGCGGGUGCUGGAACCGGCUGUGCCGCCCAGCGACUUCAAUCGGCGCUUCCCAAUUAGGGAUACUUUUCGUUCCGGACCAAGGAGGCGACCGCAGAGAGUUAAGGCAGCGGAGGAAGAGCAGUUUGAGCCGGGUUAUGGACCGGUGUCUCGCUUGAGGCAGUGGCUAUACGAGACCUCCAAAUUGGCUGGUAGUUCACAUGGUGGCGGUAAUACAACAGUGGCUGGCAGCGAUACCGCAGCCAGUAGUGAACCAGGCUACGGACCACCUCCAUCCACUACGGACGCUGGACAGCGAGUGCCACCAAAUAACGCCGGUACUGCAAGAAAAAAGCGAACUGUUCUUCGGAGAAUACCUGCCUAA